GGAAGCGCCACGUCUGUCCGCGCAGCCUCUCUUUGUGUCGCAUCUGCAGAGCGGACCACCAUGGACCCUGCGGCCCCGCGAUCCGCGUCCGCCCCGCAGCUGCUGCUCCUGCUGCUGCUGCUGCUCGUGCUGCAGGCGGAGCGGCCGUGGGGCGCCGAGCUCACCUUCGAGCUGCCGGACAGCGCCAAGCAGUGCUUCCACGAGGACGUGGAGCAGGGCGCCAGGUUCUCCCUGGACUACCAGGUCAUCAGUGGAGGCCACUAUGACGUUGACUGCUAUGUGGAGGACCCCCUGGGGAACACCAUCUACAGGGAAACCAAGAAGCAGUACGACAGCUUCACCUACCAGGCUGAGGUCAAGGGUGUUUAUCAGUUUUGCUUCAGUAAUGAGUUUUCUACCUUCUCUCACAAGACCGUCUAUUUUGACUUACAAGUGGGCGAUGAGCCCCCCAUUCUCCCAGAAAUGGGGAACAGGNACUCUCUCUCCGCCCAGAUGGAGUCUGCCUGUGUGACCAUUCACGAGGCCCUGAGGACCGUGAUCGACUCCCAGACGCAUUACCGGCUCCGGGAGGCCCAGGACCGGGCCCGGGCCGAAGACCUGAAUAGCCGGGUCUCUUACUGGUCUGUGGGCGAGACCAUCGCCCUAUUUGUGGUCAGCGUCAGCCAGGUGCUGCUGCUGAAAAGUUUCUUCAUGGAAAAGCGGCCUGUCAGGGCGGUCCCCUCCUAGCUGGGGCGUCCUGCGCCGGGGUCCCUCACGCCCCAGGAUGGAAGAGCUCUCCUCGGUCACAGGCUCCUGUGGGCUGUGGGUGCGACCCCGGGUGUGGCAGACGUGCGCUCGCCUCUCCUUCCGUGCACAGAGCUCAGACGGUACCCCACUGCGUGGCAUGUGUGAUACUGAAUGAAGUCUGUAGUCAGAUGGACUACGUGGGAGCGAGGGAGGGAGAGGGCCACUCACUCUGCUCCAUGGUGCCUGGGUCAUCUCGCCUGUGCGUGUCCUGUCCAGUGGGGAGAGGAAAGGGACCCCCAGUCUGGCCUUGCCUCCGACAGAGCUCUGUGUACCUGAGGAAACCAGGCCCAGCGAUGGUGCCGUCAGCCCUGCACGCCGGAACGGAGUGGGCACUAGGUGCCGUGGGUCAGCUGUGUGUCUUCUAGGAGGUGGGGCUCUGGCUAAUAAAGAUGCGGCGUGAGCGAGCA